UCAGCUCUACACAGAAGAAUACUUCAUCAAUAAAAACAACAAAAUGAAAAGCAAAAGUGAUGUUUAUCUAAAGUCAUUUUUGCUUAUUAGUAUGGUUGAAUUGGAUCAUUGAAGGACAUCGCUUAAUAAAAUUACCUUCAUCUCUCCUGUGAUAUCUGUGAGAAGAAUGUCUGGGCGGUUAACACACUAUCAAAAUGCAUCUAGUUUUGAGAAUACUAGUCUGAAGACAACCGUCUAGGAAUCAGCAGUGAGUGUGUGACAGUCGGUGGUCUUGAUGGGGGUGAUAUCGCAAUACCUGCUUACUCGGCUGGUGAGUUUUUCUCUGGGAGAUGAGGGUGUGGAUACUGUCGAAGAUGCUCUUUCACAGAUCGCGCUUCUUGUUGAUUCUCAUCGGCUGUCCAGUGCCGAGGUGAUGCUAGAGGUCCGGACCAACAAAGUCAUCCUGAGAGACAGACGCAAGCAGGAACUGGAGGAGUUUCUCUUGUCAUCUGUUCUCCGCUGUGAUUGCAUAAAUUCCCCAUCUCUCCGCGAUCCAGCUCUUCUCCUGCUGGUUUGUCAGAGCUGCACCCAGAAGAGGCCGAGUGUGUAUUUCUUCAGCUGUGCGUAUGUCAAAGCAGAGCACAUAAGAGAUGACAUCAAGCAAGUUGUAUCGCAUUACACAAUAAGAGCAAACAGGUUCUCUCAGUCCAGUAUGGAUAUUUCUGGAAUUCCGAGCCCUCCGUACACACAAGCCCCGAAUCCGCCCUCAUCCAUCCCCCCUCCACCAUACCCCGGGAUCAGAGCUAACGGACUGGCAAACGGUCAACCUGAUAAGUCAUUCCUCAAGGCUCAGAUGGAAGUAGACGUGCUUAAUCAUUGUUUUGAUGAUAUCGAAGCGUUCAUCGGAAAGCUGCAGCAGUCAGCAGAGGCUCAGAUUAUCCUCGACCAGAGAAGCAAAAAGAAGAAGAAAAGUCAGAAGAAAAGUGCAGACGAGGAUCUUCUCACAGCUAAAGCCAAACCCCCUUCUGAGAAUGAGUUUGUUGACGCUUUCCAGAAAUUCAAAUACAGCUUCAGCCUGUUGGCACGGUUAAAAUCUACCAUCUCCAAUCCGACCUCCGAGGAGCUCGUGCAUCACGUCUUCAAACCGCUCGAAAUGAUCGUGAAGGCAACAGGAGGUCCUGGUUUUGCUGCGUCCGUGUCUAGCCCGGCUAUGACACAAGGGGCCGUGGCUCUGCUCCAGACCAGCCUGACGGCACAGGAGAAUGCAUUAUGGGUCUCUUUAGGGCCUAACUGGACACAACAAAGGUCUGCUCAGCGGAGCCCCGUGGCGCCGUACACACUCGUGUUUCAGGACGGCUGGAAGCCUCCGGGGUCAGACGUCGCUGGAUGGGUCGAUCCUGUGGAGUCUGAACACAAACUGGACGCAGAGCUCUCAAAGGUAGAGCUGACACCGUCUCACGCUUCGGACCGUCACCCUGCUCCUGAUCAGACUACAGACGAACCUGACGGCGGUGUGAAAGAGCGCUUGUAUCGCUGCAGUUAUGAUUUUGUUGCGCGGAACAACAGUGAGCUGACUGUGCUUCAAGGAGAGAAGCUAGAGGUCAUCAGAGAUGUGAUCGAGUCAUCUAAGCGAUGGUGGAAGUGUCGUAAUAAGUUUAAUGAAGUUGGAUUCGUGCCGUUUAACAUCCUGGAGCCGGUCACACACACUGACAACCCUGUGCUCCAUAAAACUCCAAAGCCUCCCGCUGCUCCACCGAUAUUCAACGCUCUGCCCAGCCCGUCCGCCAUGACCUCUGACCCCAGCACCCCUCGGCCCCGCAGCAUGAUUGUCGGAUCAUGUCCUGAGGAUACAGAGAAAGUGAUGCAGGUGAAUGACGAGUUACUGCACCGCUUGACCAGCGGGAAGAACCUGUCUCCUCGACUGACGAUUCACCGUUCGGCAGACACGUCCGUGCCGCUUGAUUACAACUCACCACCAGCAGAGGUGGAAAACUGGCUGCGGAAGAAAGGCUUCAGUGAACCGACUGUACAGUGUCUGCGGGUUCUGAAUGGAGCUCAGCUGUUCUCUCUGAAUAAAGAAGAGCUGCGCGCUGUUAUUCCUGAAGAGGGCACUAGAGUCUACAGUCAGCUGACCGUACAGAGAGCCCAGAUAGAGGACGCUCGCAGAGCCACAGAGCUGGAGACGGUGAUGGAGAAGCAGAAGAUGAAGGUGGAUCUGAAACUGGAGAGUGGAACUUUAUGAAGAUCUACUGAAUGUGCACAUAGACUAGACUAGUGUUCGCAUGUACUCUCUGUCUGUAUCAUGCAUAUGUUUGAGCGUACUUGCACAAGAUCUUUUACUGUACGUUAUUGUAACCUGCUUUAUGGCUUGUUUUGUUUUCCUGUUUAGCUUUAUGGCAUGAAAUGAGAAUUGUAAAUCUGCACAAUGAUGUACAAACACUAAUCUCUGUAAUAUGGGUUAAUAAUAUAUUCUCAAUAAAUAAAUUUAAUGCACAAAUGUGAAA